GUCCCGCCCCCUGCCCACAAAAUCUCCCCCCUUUCCCGCCCACCCAACGCUCCCCGCCCCAUGGCCUCGCCGGCGAAGCGUGCGAAGCCCUUGUCGCCGGCGAAGCUCCGGGCGUCGCCACCUCCGGAGGAGGCCCCCGCCGAGGAUCCGCGCGUGCUUCUCCGGCGCCGGUGGGAGCUCGCCUCCGUUCUCCAUUUUUUCAUGGUGUUCGAGCCGGUGAUCGAGGAGAACCUGGGGCUCUCGGCCGAGGAGAUCGAGACGGCGCUCAUCUCCAACAACCACGACCUUGCUCGCAUACACAUUGCCCUUUUGAAGGGAAUUCCACCAGUUAAGAAAAAUCUGGAUGUCAAUGAUGGAUGGGUGAUAGCAACAGCCAAGGAACUGUCAGACUGGUGGUCAUGGGUUGCUGAAGGAGCCAACCCAUUCAAAAGAAGUCCUGGCAAGGAAGUCGAGACAUAUAAGGAGCAGGACCCAAUAAGUCGUUUGUUCAUACUCAAAGCGCUCUGCGAAGUUCGUUCAGAGCAAACUGAUGCAGUAUGUUACGUUAAUGAUGAGAUGAAGAAAGGAGUUGAUAUUUCCAACUUCCGGAAAGAAAAGUUUGGGAGUGCUAGCAAUGGUACUACGUAUUGGUACGUUGGGGACUCAACUCUUGGCCAUAGAUUAUACAAAGAAGAUGUAACAAUUGAUUUUAAGAAGAACUGGAAGGGAAAAGAUGGCCGUUUGACAAAACCAGUUACAAAUAUUCAUUGGGAAACAGCUGCUGCUAAUCUCGAUGAGUUUAUUGAAAUAUCAGAGAAGUUAUGCAGCAAUGGUCGGUCUGAAUCUGUCAUUGGGGAGCAUCUUAAGGAAAAUAUCAUUCCAGCUGUGGAGAAGUUUCAAAAGAGGAAAGAGAGGGACUUAAAACGUCAGCAGAAGAAGAUUGAGAGUUUAGCUUUUGCUGAUGAUUUCAAAUCCCGUUCAUUGCGUGCACGUAAACCUGUCAACUACAGUUACUCUGAUUAUGAUCGUUCCAUAAAGGAGGCAAUAAAAGCUGCAGCGAAAGCAAAGGAAUCUGAAUCACACAAGGAAGUAGGCAAAACGGAAAAGCAUGUUCCUCACCACGGAGACAAUGGAGCCAAUGUAGGAUCUGAUAUCAGGCCAGAGCAUAAUGAAGAUAGAGGACAGCAGCAUGCCAAGUGCAGAGACCUGAGUUCUGAUGACGAUGACGACGACAAUGCUGGCGAAGUCUCAGACUAUAAUGACAAGGAUGGCAGCUCCUCCAGCAGUGACGGAGACAAUGAUGCUUCUGAUCCCCACAAGGGCAGCUCGGAUGAGGAGGAUGCUUUUGUAACGCGUAAGAGGACACGUCUUGCUGUCCGCCGUGGGCUUGAUACCAAGCCUCGACAAGGGCUCCGUCGGAGUCGGAGAAAUAUGAAAGAUUCUGAAGAAACCGUGCACCCAGAGCAGAUUUCCCCUGAAGCAAUGACGAAGAAAACGACAAGGCAAAGACCAACACCCAUCUCCAAGCAGUUCUCCUUGUCAGGCUCUGAAGAUGACCGUUCACAGUCUGUUGCAGACUCUGAGGAGGGGUCUGACUCGCCUUAGAUGAUGAAUUUAUGCUCCUCUUUUGUAUUUUGUAUUAUAUGGGAGUCGGCGAGUUCGAUAGUUUGAUCCUCGCGGCUUUCCACUUGUACCAGCUAGGGGAAAUCAGACAUCUCCCCGAUUACAGCCUACAACAGAGUUACUUUCAAAAUCUUCGGCAUAUCUAUGCUUGUGUUAUGGUGAUUGUACAUACUUGUCAGUGCGACCGUGUCA